CUUUUUCUUCUGUGAAGGACCGUUUUCCGAGAGGAGGCUGUCUCACGCAAACCCUCUCUCUGUCUUCAGACCUCGCACCUCUCAUUCCAGCUCGUCUGUGUUUGGUUUUUUCUUUCGGUCUCGGCUUUCCGCCCGCAGGCUUGUCUCUCGGCAAAACGCCGUCCAUGCAUCUGUUCUCUUCCUUCCCGACAGUGCUCGCAGAAGCGCCUGCCUGCUCCUCGCUGUCCAGUCUGUCGUAGCUUGCCCCCUUGGGUGCCAAGACGCCUUUCGUUUUUCUUUUGCCAACGAAGAUGGAACGCGGGCUCUCCCCUGAUUCUUCCUUCUCCAAGGAAGAGAACCGUCAACCGCGGUCCUCAGAGGGCGACAUGGAAGGCACUCUCCAUCCGCGGCCGCUCGAGUCGCGAGAAGGAUAUCUUUCUGGAAUGAAACACACAGCGUCUUGUUCGUCUUUCCCACCCCCGAAGAAACGUCAUAUCACGCCAAAAGCUCGACCAAAAAAGAUGCAGGAAGUUCUGCAGAAACUCCAGUCUGAGGCUCCUUCUUCUCCAGCGUCUGUCUCUGCCCCCGUCUCUGUGUCUGCCUCGCCUCCAAUGAGCUCGGCCGCCGACAGCGAGGCGCCUGCCUGUGCCGAAGCGACCCUUUGUGCAGGGAGAAGCUUCGACGAAGUCAUGGCCGCUGCAGGCAUAGACACUUCGCAGCCGCUUCCAGAUUCUUCGAGGCCGAGAAAAGGCGCCGUGGGCCGGACUGUGGAGAACCAACGCAGACCUGCUUCAACCGGGAGAAUGCAAGAGAAGGCGGACGAGAAGAAGGGAGGAGAUGUUUCUCUGGAGAAGUUUGUUCCCUCGCGGCCCGCGUCGGCUGUCUCGACAGCUGGCGGGUCUUCACCCCUGAGCGAUGGUUCAGCGCUGACGGUUUCUGGGUGCCCCACUCCGCCGCUGCGGAUCCCCGAGUCCGAGCGCGAGAGGAAAAAGGACGGGAACGAAGAACAUCUCGAAAAUUUCCAAGUGGCCAACGAACCGCGCCUGUCUCCCGACGCUUCUCCGCGUCUCUCCGGCGGAGAAACCGAGAAUUCACCCGCUGCUCUCCAUGACUCUCCCUCUGCGUGUUCUCUCUCUUCGUCUCUCUCUUCUUCCUCCUCGUUGCCUUUCUCUUCUUUGUCACUGCCUUCUUCGGUCCCUCUAUCUUCUUCCUCAGUUUCGGUGGGCAGUUCUGCUUUGGAGAACGAGGGCGGCGAGCAAGAAGAGGCGCAUGCAGCGAUUCCCUUGUCAGUGCGUCUGUCGAGCAAGACGGUGAAGCAGCGCCUGCACGGGUGCGAAGAGCUCCUUCAGCGUUUCCUCUCUCACCCCGAGAAGAGCACCGAAACGUUUUUGCACGUCCAAGGAGGCACUUUGGAACGUCUCCUGAAAGACAGCAACUCCCUCGUGCUGGGCAAAGUUGUCGACUUUCUUCUCGCAUAUGUCCGCACCGUCACGGGCGCGAACGGCGGCGGCGCAUGCGCUGACCAGACACCCGGAGGCCUCCCCCCGUCGACCAAUGCCGUGUCGCUUUCGGCAGAGCGAGGGGUCAACCUCUUGCAGACUAUCGCGCCGCUGGUCGUCCAGAACAUCCUUCCGAAUCCCCGGCUCGCGCCGCAGGCGACGGAGCUCCUGUGCCUCCUGGCGGCAGUGCAUGCAGAGUGUCUCAGUGCACUGGUCUCCCUCGUCGCCGCUGGGAACGCGAAGCUGUUGUCGGAGAAAAAGGGCAACGUAGCGCUGCUCAAGGGCGCCGCGAUCAAGCAACUCGGCGCCGCUCUCCAGCUCUUGCACACGGUUCUCGAGGGCUUUGGCGCCGCAGCCGUGAACGCCGCGGGCGGCCUGAAGCAGCUCCUGGACAAGAGUGUCGGACCGUUUUGCUGCGUGAGCGAGAAGAAGGUCCGCGACGUUUGCACAAGUCUCACGGCGCAUGCGGUAUGGCUAGCUGGCGCCUCUGAGACCGCGAAGAAGCUCGCGACGGAGGCCGUGAAGAACAGCAAAUCGAUGCAGGCGGACGUCCUCGCCCGCCUCGCCGAAAAGGAUGGAGUCGAGUUGGAACAGCCGAAGCGAACCUUCCUGCUCGGAGGUGCACGGGAGCCGUCUGGAGACCCGGAAGACCGGAGAGAAGAAGCGAGCAGAAAAACGGAGGGCGACGGCCGAGUCCUCCUCGCCGAGGAGACUGACGUCUUGAAGCUGGUCUGCCAACACGGCGAUUGGGUCCAGCGCGCCGCAAAUGGCACGCAAAAAAAGACUGCAGGCAACGCACAGGAGUCCGGAGAAAGCCAGCUUCCGUGGAAAAUCAAAAUGCAAGCCUGGCAACAACUCGAAGAGGCUCUUCGAGACUGCGUGUGUAUGGCGAAGAAGAACUCGUUUCUCCCGUCGCUUCUCUCCCUGAUUCAUCGCUGCCUGACUCUCGAGCCGACGCUGCCCGUGGUCAGCUGCUGUCUGCGCGUGAUGCAACACCUUGUUCGUCACCUGUUGUCUGACCUCUCUGCCGCUGCGUUUUCGUCUUUCUCUUCUUCCGGGUCUUCCACUCCUCAGCAGCUGCUGCGGGGCCUGUUGCCAGACGUCGCCGCGAAGCUCAAAGUGAACAACCGGCAGGUCCAGGUCGCAGCCACGAGCUGUCUGGGCGCCUUCUUGCGAGUGCUGCCGCUAGACGUAGCAUGCGCCGAGCUCCUCCCGAUGAAGGAGAAGCUCGCUGGCUAUCGCCAGGCGCUUCUGGAAGCUCUCUGCGCCGCGAUUCCGGCCGAAGAGCCGCAGAAAGCCGACGAAAACGAACCUCGCUUCGCAGCGCGGAGUGCCGCCUUCUGGCGCGCCGCGCCGCUCCUCGUGCAGGCUGCCAAGGUCGGCGCCGACGACGGCGCCUCGGGUGUACGGACAGCUGCGCUGCAGCUCCUUGCCCACAUCGGCUCGAAGGGUGAGGGUGGACGCGCAGCCGUGUCUUGUGUUCUCGACUCCCUUCAAGAGCAGAAACGCCAGCAAGUCCUCAAACUCAUGGCAGCCUCGUCCUCCGCCUCUCCCCCGUCGUCUUCUGUCUCUUCUCUCUCGGCAGUGUCGGGGUCGAGGAAGCUUCUGGGAAGGGCGUCUCCGACGCUUGGCGGCGCGGAGCCGGGAAAGAAGGCGGGCGCGUCUGCGUCGCGCUCUCCGAAUCUGGGAGCAGAGAGGGGACAGGGUGUGGAAGCAGAGAGCAGCGAGUGUGGCAGAGAGGAGAAGAAGUUCGGCGGACAAGCCGACGAGGCGGGUCGACUGCGGGAGCGGAAAGACGGCGCUGCCCAGAACAGAGUCUCCCUUUCGACGAGAGGCCGAACGGACGGUCUCGCCUCAGGCCGACCCCACACGGCUCGCAGUGCUCUCCGUCGGGCGUCUCCCGCGGCUUCCUCUUCUUCUUGCUCUUCUUCUUCGUCGGCCUCCUCUGCUUCGUUUCCUGCGUCGCCUUCCUUUCCCGUCGCCUUCACGUUGUCGUGGGAAGUGCCUGACUGCCCUGCGAGUUUCGAUGAAGCUGAGCUGAUUGCCGAGCGCCUCUGGAGUGAAGAAAUCUGUGUCGGACUGAGAAGCCCCAAUGGCCUGGUGCGAAGAAGUGCAUGCGAGCGACUAGCGGCUUGGUGGCGUCGCCCCUGCGAAUGCCGCGCAUGCGCAGCCAUGCUGGAAGCGAGGGAGAAGAAGGAGAGCCAGAAUGACACGGAAGGAGAGAAGGGGGAAAUGGAGGGAGAGAAGGAAGAAAUGGAAGCCAAGAAGGAAAUGGCGGACGAAGGGAAGAAUGAAGAGUGUCUCCAGAGAAGAAAGGUGGAGUGUGCCGUUCCCUUGGUUCUGUUUAUGCGGAUGAAGCUCGCGAAUUUUCGAGAGAAGUCUCUGGUUGUCCAGGAGGCCGUACUCGCCUGCCUCGCGGCGGCAGUAGAGACGCUCGCCCUCGCCGUGAAGUCUCGCGAAUCCACCAAGGCGGAGACACCCAUAACAGUCGCCUCCGCCUGCGACGGUCAGAAAGCGAAGGCGAAGAAGACACAAGACACGCGACAGAUGGUUCAUCCCGCCCUCGCACCUCUCAUUCUGGCGCCCCUGCUGGACAAGAUUGGCGAUCCUCGUCUGGGAGGCAAAGUCCAGGGCCUCUGUGUCGCUCUGGCGAAGGUUUUCGACUCUCCGCUUCCGGUGGCCGUUUCGCUUGUUGAAGGCGCAGAGGGCAACCUAGCGGUCGCUCUUCCUGCAUCUCCAAGUGCGUCCACGACCCGCAGCGGGUCACUGGAGCAGAGACAGGACAGACAUGGCGAAGGCGCCUCGUGGCAAGAAGAGCGAAAGAGAGGAUUCUCGCUCAAGAGAAGCGGAGACGCCGGCGCAUGCACGGCCCGCGGCGAACGGGCGAGAGUCGGGUGUGCGGCCGCCAUCGGCGGAGCCACAGGGCGCGCGUGCCAGGCUCUCUGUGGGGUCCUCGAGAGACUCCUACGCGAGUGGGGCAGCGAAAAAUUCAGCCCUGUCAAAACGCUCGUUCUCUUCGUCAGGCAAAUCGUCGAUGGACAAAAGGCAACUGCAGCGCAAGCAGGCCGUUCCGGAGGCUUGCGAUUGAUGGCGGAACUGCAUGCGCAGCUGGGGGAGAAGAGUCUCUCGAGCAUGCUGCUCUCUCAGCCUCUGCCAGACGACCUGCGUAGUGCAGUCAAACAACUCGCGCAAGGCCUCUCCAAGCAGUCUUUUUCUUCGAAUCGGACGCCUCUUGCCUCUGCCGUCUCUCUCGUCAAACGCGCGUUGCAGUAUGUCUCUUCCGGCUCCUCCUUCGUGACCUCUGCAGUGAGCGAGGUCGCAGGGUCCGAUUUUGAGGUGUGCGUCCGCCGGGCGAAGGAGCCGGUGUCUCUUGCGCCGGUCCUCACUCGGGAGCGUCUGGCGAUUCUGCAGGCGAGUCAGAAGAAAUCUUACGGCGAGAGAGGACAGGCGGGAAAGGGAGAAAAGGAGGAACUUGCAGCGCUCAAGGAAUGCAUCCGGUUCAUCGCUGUCGAGGGCGGAGGCUGCAUCCGAGCAGAAGGUCUGAGCACUCUGAUCCCGCUUCUUCGCACAAAAAUCAGCCACCCUCGCCCGCCAGUCUCUCGCGUCGCCCUCGUCCUCGCGUGUACGUUGUGCGACGCUCUGACGACGCAGCCUGUGCCGGGAGAGGGGGGCGAGGAGAGACAGAAGGAGGGCGCCUACGAGUGGCGAGAAGCGACGGCGAGAGACGACGCAGAGUUCCCCUGGAGAAAAUCUCAAGGUCUCAGCCGAGGAUGUCAGCUGUACAAAGACAGUCUGCUUCCGGCUCUCUUUGACAGACUGCAUGAUCCUGACCGGAAGACGAUGGAACUGGCGCACAUCGCGACGCUCAAGUGGCUUCACGCGAUUGGUCCCGAAGAGGCUGUUCCCCUUCUUCUUCCUUGCAUCGAACGCGCCCUCUCUGCUCCUUCCUCAAAUCCAGGAAACGCUCUACGCCAACAAAUGCUCUCUUCUUCUCUCUCUUCUUCUCUCUCUUCUUCCCUCUCAUCUUCUCUCUCUUCUUCUCUUUCGUCCUUCCCCUCCGGUCCGGGGGGGGCUGAAAAGACUGGGAGGAAGGUGGGGGAGGCGCUGGUGGCUCUGCUUGUGGCGAGUCGGUUUUCGUUUUCUUCUGGCGCGUCUGAGGCGCACACAGAGGUUCUCUCGCGUCGCCUGCUGCCGCUGCUUUUCAGUUUUCUGCGACUGGUUCUGGAGGAGCGGGAGAGUGAGGCGAAGCGCGACGGGCGCGAGGCUGGCGGAGAACUCGCAGGUCUGUUAGAGACUCUCAUCGGUCGAGUGGCUUCCCACCUCAGCGACGCCGACGCGGCUCACGUGGAGGAAGAAAUGCAGAAACUCGCGACGUGGGCAUCCACUUCUGCUUCCAAGAAAGCCGGGCGACGAGUGCAGGACCACGAGGACGCAUGCGCGUCUCUGGGGGCGUCGAGUCGCAGCUUCAGAGCCCCCCCGAGCCAGCUGUCUAGGCACGGAGACAGUGAGGACGAAUGCGAAGUUCGCACUCGGAUGGCAGAGGGCGGGAAGGCUGGAGAGAGCCUCGCGAAGAGCGACGAGCAAGCGAACAUCUCUGCUGAGGGCUCGCACGUUCCGGAACCGUCGGUGAGCUCUGAGCCUUGCAUCUUGGAAGCAGCCGCGAAGGUCGGGGAAGAAAGCGAAGACGAAGGUGUUUUCCUUCACAUUCGUCGCGUCCCGAGAGAAACUCGACGCCGUGGGAGCCAGUCGCCUACGUCGCCAGGUUCGCAGCGAAGGCCAGGGAGUCCGGGGGCUUCCCCUCGGUCUUCCUUUUGCCGGAACGCGCCUCUGGACUACGUCGGGUCUGCGGCCUCGCCCUUCUUCACCGCCGCGUCUUCGCCUCUCGGCGUCCUGUCGACCGCGAAGUGUCUCCAAGCUUCGAAAAGCAGCGCCGCUGUCUCUCCAGGCUCGAGGCGCGUCUCGCUCUCGAACUGUAUGUCUCCGCCGCGUGUGGUGGGGGGUGAGAAGACGAGCAACAGAUCGACGUGGUUGCGGACUCGCGGGAAGCUCGCGGCGCUCGCGGCUGUUAGGGAAGAGGCGCGCGCGGCCUGGAGGCCUCACCUUUCGCAGACUCUGUUGGAUUUGAUGUUCCCGCCUCUCUCGGCGUCUCCCGGAGUCGACAGGGAGGGCGCAGAGUCCCCGGAGGGCGGCACAAGAGAAAAGGACGGCAGCGGAGUCGUGACGGCCAUGCAGAGCGACGCAGAAUCGCCCAGUUCGCACGCAGAGUUCGCGGCAGAAGCCUCGCAACUGUGGCUUUCCUUCUUGCGACAUGCGUGGGGAGAGGAGGGAGGAGAAGGAGACGAGCGGGGCGCUGGCGCAGCAGAGAAAAAGGAAAGGAUGAAGGUGCAUCGGAAGCUGAAGGGGGACGAGGACAUCGUCGGACUUCUCAUCAACUGGAUUGCUUCCCAAGUCGCAGAGAACUCGACGACUUUCCCCCGCGGCCUUGGUCCCCGUACUCUCGCUUCCUCCUCUUCAGGUGCUCGCUCUCGUCCUCUCAACUCCUCUCCUCCGCUCUCUCUCCCACCCGCCCUCCUCCCUUCUCUCUCUUGGUCUGCCUCAUGUCCUCUCGAUUCUUCUUCGAGGGCUUCUCGGGAGUGUCGUUACACGGUGGCGGCGCCGCUGGUGGUGUUGGGAGUUCUUUUUCAGACUCUCAAGGCGCUGCGUUUGCGUCUGAGUGUGAAGGACCAGCAGGAGGCGACCGCGCUUCUCCUGGACCUCCGCUUUCAGGCAGCUCUGGAGGCACUGCAAGGGAGGAAAGCAAGAGGUGAACGAGGCGAGGGCGAGAGGCGGAUAUCUCUCGGCUCACCUGUCCGCGCGGCCUCGCCCGCACGCGAUUCGCGGACGCAUGCAGUCGCCUUCACUCAAGAGACCCACCAAAAAGUUCUUCACCAGCUUCUUCUCCUCCUCGCGACGGUCGCGGGAGAACCUGCUGCCCUCGUCUGCACGCUGCACAAACAGCUGGCGAAAACGAAACACAGAGACCUCGUGUGCGACAUCCUGGAAGCAGUCUGCGUGGCUCUGGAGCAACACCUGCGUCUUCCGCUACCGUUCGCUCUCUCAGUUCGCGGAAGAGCGGACAAAAUCUCGACGUCUGAAAAGUCUUUUCCUUCCUUGUCUCCGGCGACUCUCUCCUCGACCUUCCCAGCCUACGCCGCUGCUCAGGCGCAGUUCACUGAGUUCCUUCUGGGGCAGAUGGUGCCGCGUCUCUGUCAAAUUCUCACGGGUCCUCUCGCCGAUGAGAAGGAGAAACGAGAGGAGCGCCUCUCCCUCAAGGACGCUGCCCUUAAAGCACUCGCUCUCUGCAACUCGGCUACCAAAGGCGGUGUCCUCAACUCUUCUCCUCUCCUGACAGCGGAGCUUCGUGGGCGUCUCGGCGAGCUCGGGAAGGCGUCUCCUGUUUUGGAUGUCUGCUCUCUCUCCUGCUUUCCUCUGCCACCUCACGCUCGCUGUUCAGACUACGUUUCUGUCGCGUGUUUGCCCGUUGUCGCGUCUCCUCAGCUACCACAGAGAAGGAAGGAAGCAGGUGCCGCCUCUAGCCUUUCUGCUCAGGAGCGGGCCGGAAGCCGUGCCGAGAAGGGUGGAAGGAAGAGUGCGACUGCCUCGAGAGAGAGAAGUCGCCUGGGCAGCAGAGACGAAGUUGGGCGCGAACGCGCAGAGACCGCCUCAACCGGAAAGAGGCCGAAAGUGUUGAAAGAAGAACGCACGGAAGAAGGCUCGCGGUCGCUGGAACCAGGAGCGCCUACUGUCGCUGAAGGCCUCUCAGAAAAGGAGGCGGAGAGUGAGUUCUCCGAAAAUCUGAAUCGGGGCGAGGAAGACGAGCUAGAAGGACACAGCGACGGGGGACAAAACGGAGCGAGAGCCAAGGAGUUGCUCCACUUCUUGGAUGCCGGACUGCGGAGCCUGAUUCGAGAACGGAGAGAGGAGCAGCAGGCUCUUGUAGACGCCAUGAAGGAGACAGACAGGCAGACUGCGGCGCUGCGGUCGGGUGCAGCCUUCGAGCCUGUCUUGACGCAAGUGAAGGAGGCGAAGUUGGCGGCUGAGGAGUGCUUCUCUUCCCUUCAGAGGGCGCAUCGGGAGCAGAGUGUGAAGGUUCUAGGUUCGAUCGCAGCUCAGCAACUGAAGGCGGAGGAAGCACACGCGAACUGUCACUUUCUGCCCUUUCGUCUUCUGGCAAACCCCCCGGUCUCCACGCAAGGAGACAGAGAGUCGCCAGCGUCUCCAAGAGCCUUCUCGCUGCUUCAGCACCCCGCGAGAAGCGAUGACCAGAAGGAAGACGGACUCGUGGGCGCCGUCGUGUCGAUGGUCAAAGUGUGGUGCAGCGAGUUGUACGAGAAGGACGUAUUUCGUUUGGAGCGAGCAGCUCACUGUCUGCUCUACCUCCUGACCAACAUCCCUCUGGACCCGACGACGAUGCGUGAAUGCGCCGCUGGUGCCCCGGAGUCAUGCACGGACCCCGCUGUCUCCAUCCCGUGUCUGGCUGCCCGUGGGCGCGAGGGCAAGGACGCAAGAAGUCGCGAAGGCGACGCUUCGCCUCGGUCGUGGCCGACGGGCUCCAUCCUUGAAAGCCUUUUCGCUUCACGCACUGCUGGAGCUCGAGAGAACGAUGCGUCGAAUCUCUCGUCCUCCUUGGGAGCGUCUCCCGCGGGGCUCUCUUCAGAAGGGGAGGCGGUUCUGUUCCAUGCAGACGCGUCAUCCCUCGUCUCCUCCAUCUUGUUUGAAAGCCUUCUGCAGGGCCUGGACAACAUUUUCGAUCCGGCCUUCUUCAGCGCGUCGACCUCCGUCGCGGUCGCGAGUUUCCACACGAUUCUCUCGCUGCUUCUCCUCCUAGAAGUUCUCCUACGGAAGCUGUUGUCCCCGAAGACCCUCGGGUCCGAUGGCGCCCGGAAGCCGGCUCGAGCCGAUGUCCUCCAGUGGAAACGCCUCGAGGUUUCCACAGCCGGAGAAGAAGCUGCGACGGGGCGAGGCGAAGGUGGGAGAGAACUCCUGGGCCGGACGGCGAUGGCUCGCGCAUGCAAGCAGCUGCUUCUCUGCAUGUCGAGGUACCAAGCGUUCGUGUACAAGGCAGCAGCACCCGCGGCCCAAGAGCUCUUGGUCCCGCGAGUCCUCGUGACAGCACUGCUGAACCAGUGUCUAGGAAAGAACAUGCUCCGAGGCUCACUUCCCUCCCUUGCGAGUCUCCUCGACUUUGUCUUCUCUCUCGCCGGCCAACAAAUGCAGGGCCUGUACCCCGACCUGAACGCCGACACGGCUUGGCGGUUUCUCUCCAAGAUCCACAGGCGCGUCGCCUCGAAGCUGCAAGACGCGGCGAAGACUGACGGUGCCUCUCGGAGUGGAGACGGCGACCGCGAUACAAACCGACGCGGCCUGUGCGAGGACUUUUUCGCAGAAGGGAAGAACGUUCUGCCUCUCGCGGAUCGUAAAAGACUCCAGGAUGUCGUUCCGCAGGGCCAUCUUCUUCAGCUUGUGCACACGGUCAUCUCAAGUUGGUUUCUUCUUGAAGGAAGCCACGAGGCGGCAGUGGUGGCGCUCCAGCAGAGAGAGCAGAAACAGGAAAAGGACGAGGAGCAGAAACCGGAGACGACGACGGCGCAUGGAGGCCGCGGCGGGAAAAGCUUCUCGGUUUUCUUGGAGAAUCAAAGGUCACUCGCCUUUAUCUACUUCCGUCUGUUCAUGCACACGUUUGUGCGUUUCUGCCCCGACGUCCUGGGAAAGUAUCUGAUUGCGCAGAGUCUUUCUUCGACGUGCACGCAAGGAAGGCGCCUGGAGAGUCUCCUGUCUGGCUCCGUGCCGUUGUUCUCCUCGUCGGGAAGCGCGAGGGCCUUCGCCGCCCUAGAGGCCGCAGUGAAGGGCGCUUCCGAGGCGCGGGAGAGCCUGCGUGACUUCAGCUGCAAUGCGUGUAUUGAACUGGCGCGGCGGGAAGAGGAGGAGCGGGGGGAACAGAGAGAAGAGCGAGCCGAGGAGACGGGCCAGACCGUUUCCGAGAAAGAGGAAGAGAAGGACGGAGAACGGAGGAAGCGGACCCUGCCUCUCGAAAGCGACGAGGAGACGAAGGAUAUCGCGCCGCGAGAGAGGAAAGAGCGGCGAACAAGCGAGGAGGGACGAAGAGAGAAGAGACUGUGCUUCGGAGAUGAAGUCAAGACGUUCGUUGCGUCAGUUGUUGAUGCGGAGCAAGCGAAGCUAGCGGAGCUCAUGAAGAGGCACCAUAUUGCGCCUCUCCAGGAUCCGCUGACGCCCGCAUGCGACGGCGAGGGGGCUGUGGCAGAGCCGGGUUCCUCUGCCCUUCAUCUUCUGCGGUCGUGUUACCACGAUGCCUUCUGUCUCGUGGCACAGCAGCCCUUCGACACUGCAAACGACCUCUCUCUGCAGCCGUACUUGAACGACAUUCGCGCGUGGCUCUGUCGAGCGCAAGUGGGUAUGGAGGGGCCCUCUGUGCUUUCUCUCGCUGCCGAUCCGGGGAGACCGUUGGCGAGAGUGUCGGGAGAGAGCAGCUCGAAGCGAGAGCGACUCGUGAGCUUCCUUACUCGAUCUGUUGCACUUUUGGAUGUCUUUCCGUUGCCGGAGCAAGGACGGCGCAGGCCAUGUGGGACGCGGGCACCUGGACAGGCACGUGUCGGUCUCUUGAGUGUGAGCAGCGUGGACAGAAGCGAAGAUGGCCGGGGUGGAGAGAGAAUCGCGAGGCAGGCCGUCCGCGGAGACCGAACCUGGGCCGUUGCCUUUCCCACGGGAAAGCGAUGGGUGAAUUUGGACGCCGUGGCGAACAUGGUCAAAGUUGAUAUCCCUCACCACGGUCGGGGCGGAGACUCGAAACGACCAGAAAUUGCAACAGAGAGCCGGCCAGGUAGUCUGCACGCGGGGGUUUACGAUGACACCCGCGAGGCCUCUCUCGACGCGACGUGCAGCCAAGGAGUGAGGACUCAUGGAGUGACCGGCACAGAAAACCGAAGAGCUCACCAAGGGACGCUGGGGCGAGAAACACUGGCGAGGGAAUCAGGAGUGGAAGGCCACGAGAAAGCUUCGAAAGAAGAGACGCAAGACGCGGCUUCGAAUGCAGGCUGCGGGAGAAGCGGAAAAGACCGCCGAUCGGGAGGCCAAACCGACGUCGCACAGUACAGAGAGCCUCCGUAUGCAUACCGCAGCUCCUUAGGUGAAAAAGGCAGAGUCGAGUUAUUGGAUAGAGCAUUUUGCAGUUCCACAGAGAAGCUUAUUCGACAGCCUGCUCCCCACCGUUCCGAGACGCAGCUGCGCAAGCCAGCAUCUGAUCAGUGCAUGCAAGAGAGCACGCGAGUAACGCCAAAAGUAUGCCGGCAUAUGGAACAGAAACUGAAAGAGGUGGAUGCCUUUCGAGGGGCGGGUGACGGACACAGAUGCAAGGAGACGAGUCUUCGUGGAACGCAUGCCACAAAUUUAGGAAAGCACCUGGACAGUCUGUCGAAACCGAGUAGUCAUCAGUCUGUAGCCCAGCUGCAACGCGACUCACAGACUGGAGCGCCUUUUGAUUCUCGAGUGUGUGACCCGUUGAGCAUCAGGUCACCUUCGAGGUUGGCGGAUCACAGCAGAGAUGCAGAUAUUGUCAUUGACACCGGGAUCUCUGAAAGUGGCGAGGCGCGCUUUAUUCCCAGGAAUCUGCCUGUGGCUCCUGAGGGACUCCGAGGGCGAUUAGGAAGUAACGUGGGUUCUGAAAAUAACAAGAGUGUGACGAUCACGGCACCGCACGAUUCGAGAGGUAGCCAAGAGAGCCUGCUUGCUGUAUGUGGCCCACAGUGGACUGUGGGUGAGUUGACGGGUACCGUGGUGUCGCCAGGUGAGGGUAGGGGUCUGUGUCUUCCCUCUCCAAACAGUCUACUCAAACGUGACGACUUGUCGCUCGGAGGUGUGAAUCGGGGUGUGAUAGCGUAUGGAGGCACACGGGAGACUUCCGAGGCACAUUGUCAUUUCAGGCGAGCACUCGAUUCAGACUCGGCGGGACGAUUGGUCGCGCAGUCUGCUGCCGUGAUGGGAAGUGCGGAGAAGCAUCUCUGCCCAGUUGAAAGGGCGCAAGGGGACAAGAAAACGUGUCUGCGUAGGAGCGAGAGAUCUCCGAUGCGUCUCUCUCCCCAGGAAGCCUCACUGAAAACAGCGCCGAGCAGCGUAUCAUUAACUGAGCGCUGAGGCGAGAAAAACUGGAUCUACUACGCUGAGGAGAGCGAUCAGUCCAGAGAACGUUCGGUGCGUCCGUAAGGCCGAGGUGUGUUGAGAGCUCACUACUGUGAUAUGCGCUUUUUUUUCUCUUGAAAGGUCAAAAGUACCAAGAAGCUGUUAGGGGCACCCAAGUGGGGGUGGGAUUGUCUUGCAGUGGUACAGGGGUAACCACCUCCCCCCAGGUGGUCGGUUUCUUAACAUUCGGGGAAGAACGUCGUUCCCAAUAUCUGUGUUACGGUCAGCGCACCCUCUCUGUCAAGCUCAAGCCUGGUCACAGAACCUGUGAAUGUUUUGAAGAACUUAAAACCGCCUGGAAAUGUCGCAGCAUGGUUGUCGUUCAAUGGUUCACACAUCGAUGGCAUACACACUAUCGUUAAGGAGAGAAGCAAAAUCGUCAGCAUGUAGGGAAAACUGUUACGUAGUUGUCUUCAACGGGAACAAAAACGUGCUACGCCUUCAGUUCGGAAGCGGUAAUGCAUGGGCACACAAUUUGCUGGCUGAUAGAGGCUUCGUCGUAGGGGAGUGUUGAACAGGGAAGGAAGUCCCUUGUUGACGUAGGCCACGUUUUCGGACCGGGGCAGGAUUGAAUUGAUUGCAGAGGGUCAUUGUAGCGAAGGCAAGGCUCACAUUGACACCCAGUAUCUAUGAGGUGUAUUUUCUACGGAGCAGAGAAAUGAACUCUUCGUUGCAUCACACACUGAGUUUUAAAUGGGUGCUUCGUCUAAGAAUUUCAGAAAUCUAAGGUAUGUGCAACCCGGCACGAAAGCAGUAUAAUAUUUCUGUCGGGGAGUUGCGAUGGAACUGCGCAAUCGGAGCUGACAAUCUUGUUGACAUACCCAGCUCUUCUGGCCAAGAAAAGUGUCUAAUGUCUAUGAAAAACAAGGAUAUGCUUUGAGUUUGUUUAAUCCUGCAUGCACAUACUUCAAGGAUCGUUUCUUCUCGCGCUUCGAAACUGUCUGUAAGGCAUUUUGAAUGAGAGACAAAGUAUUAUUACUCAGAUGCGACUCAGCCACUGCAGUUUAUCGCCUUACAGUCUUGCACGUCAGGAUAAAGUGAGAUCCACGUUUAUACCUCAUAACUUGUUAAACAACCGGUCUACCUCGACAGUUUCGAACAGC